GGGGUGAUAGGGCAGAGCAACUGUGUCUUCUCUGAAAAAGAGAUUUGAGAUAGACUGUGUAAGUAAGACAACAGAGAGAGAGAGAGGGAGAGAGGGAGAGAGAGAGAGAGAGUAGGGCUCACAUGAGAGGAAGUGAGAGACAGUCCGAGCGAGCCCGUUGUGUCAAGCAGUUGACUGUGGCUCUCUCUGUCAGAGCGCAGCCGAGCUUCAGCGUUGCAGCACCACUCCCCUGUCAGAGCAGGAUCUAUCUUCUGCCCGAGCCCCCCAGCCUGUCCGACUGCUGCCCCUGUGAUUGACUGGAGAGCUGUGGGAGCACGGUGGGACCGCACACUGGAUGUCAGCACCCAAAGCUGUGGAUGUGAUCAUCAGCAGUCCGGUUUCAUCACCCAUUCGUGGGGAGCAGCCCAUGGACCUUAGUGUGACCCAGAGGUUGUUACAUCCAGGCCCAGAUUCGGCCAUGCUGCCCCCCCACCCCCCUUUCUUCCUGGGACCCCUCACCACUCAGCAUUGCUCCCAGUUUUCCCAGCAGCGUUUGCAGUAUAACAUUGAGCAAAGGCAAAGAGAGAUGGAGGAGGAGAAAAGAGAAGAGCUACAACUGCUGAUACGAAAGAAUAAAAACGAGCAGAGUGCUGUAGCCAGUCCCCUGGUAAGGCAGAAACUUCGGGAACAUAUAAUAAUGAAGAGCCAGCCCACCCAUGACAGGGUUACUCCCAACCACACAAGUCCCACACCGGGAUACAGGCUGUCCCCAAAGCCUCAGCCGACACCCUGUGACCAGCGUAAGGACCUCGCCCUGCGCAGGACAGUCUCUGAGCCCACUCUGAAGUGGAAGUUAAAGAAGCUCAUCAAUACAAGGCCAAACCCGCUGCAGCGAAAGAUCAGUGCCCCGCCUGCUGUCAAGCACAGGACAGAAACUCUGGACUCUUCCCCCAGCAGCAGCAGCACACCAGCAUCAGGGUGCAGCUCACCCAACGACAGCCUCCAUUCAGAUAAUGGGGCCCUUCCACUGUCUCAUGAGGCACAGAGGCUGCUGCUGAAGGAGGGUAGAUUGGCCCAUUUCACCUGGCCUCCUAACCACGCUGCCAUGCCAAACAUCACUGCUGGAAAUCCUGCACAUGCUGACCUGCAAGUAACCAAGCCCGUGGCAGUAUCGGCUCUUCAUCAGGUCUACUUGCCUCUGGAAGGAAGCGGCCCAACCUUGACCCAUCACCUGCAGCCUGUUCUCAUACUGGAACCACAUACCAGACUGGUGCACUCCCAGUUUGUCUCAUUCCAUGGUUUGAGCUCCAUUCCUCUGCAGCCACAGCCUCACCCAUCGUCUCCCUCCAGAAGAGAAGGUGUGGUCAACCUGCCGUCACACAGACCUGUGGAGCGAACCCGCUCAGAGCCGCCUCCAUACAGCCACUCACCCUUUACUCUGCAUGCCAGUCAGCACUCACACGCUCAGCACCAGCUGCUUCAGCAAUGCCACAAGAGCGGGCUGGAGAGGUUUAAGCAGAAUACACACCUGAGCAAGAUCCCAUCAGAGGACAUGGACCUGGAGGAGACUGGAUCAGGAACAGGUUCGGGGCCGGGGUCUGUGUGCAGCUCAGAAAUGGAAUCAGUGUGUGAUGACGGACACCGCAGGAGACAGAGCACUGCAAGCAUAGACUCAGUUUGUGGCACAGAGUCCACAACCUCCUCACGGGACAGCUUGCUCGAGCCCUCACAUUCCCUCAGUCAGAGGCAGGUGAUCCUUAGACCAGGUCCCCAGCUGGACCUACUGAGCGGGCCUGCCCUUAUUUGGCCUCACCAGCCCCUGGUUCGGGCCCGGUCCUCUCCAGCCUCCACCUCCCUGCCUCCUCAACCCAACUCCAUGCCUUCUCUGUCACUGUCCAACCCUGCUGCAGACGUCCCGCUGCGCUUCACCACAGGUCUGGUUUAUGACAGUCAGAUGCAGAAGCACCAGUGUACCUGUGGGGACAACAGCCGCCACCCUGAGCAUGCUGGAAGGGUCCAGAGCAUCUGGUCCAGACUGCAUGAAAGAGGCCUCAGGAACCAGUGUGUGUCUAUCCCCAGUAGGAAGGCCACUCUAGAAGAGCUGCAGUCAGUCCAUUCGGAGAAACAUGUGCUUCUGUUCGGCACCAACCCUCUCAAGCUGGACAACCGCAAGCUGGCAGGAAUUUUAUCUCAACGGAUAUUUGUGAUGUUACCAUGUGGAGGAAUAGGAGUAGAUGUCGAUACAAUCUGGAAUGAACUUCACACAUCAGUAGCCUCCCGUAUGGCUGCGGGAUGUGUCACGGACCUGGCUCUGAAAGUAGCACAAGGAAAUCUGAAGAAUGGCUUUGCAGUUGUGAGGCCCCCUGGACACCAUGCAACACAGUCCUCCCCUCAGGGCUUCUGUUUCUUCAACUCCGUGGCCAUUGCUGCCAAGCAGCUCCAACACAAACUCAACGUAAGCAAGAUCCUCAUCGUGGACUGGGAUGUUCACCAUGGCAACGGCACCCAGGAAGCUUUCUAUAACGACCCCAGCGUGCUGUACAUCUCUCUACAUCGCUAUGACGAUGGCAACUUCUUUCCCGGUAGUGGACAUCCCAGUGAGGUGGGUGCAGGUGCAGGUGAAGGCUUCAAUGUGAACGUAGGAUGGACGGGAGGAUUGAACCCUCCCAUGGGAGACGCUGAGUACCUGGCUGCAUUCAGAGCUGUGGUGAUGCCCGUUGCCCACGAGUUUUCCCCUGAUGUGGUGCUGGUCUCGUCUGGCUUCGACGCUGUCGAAGGACAUUCGCCGUCACUGGGAGGCUACAAGGUCACAGCCAAGUGUUUUGGCUUCCUCACCCGUCAGCUCAUGUCAUUGGCUGGGGGUCGGGUGGUGCUGGCUCUGGAGGGAGGACACGACCUCAAAGCCAUCUGUGACGCCUCUGAAGCCUGCGUCAGCGCCUUGUUGGGCAUGGAGGUGGAGCCACUGUCCCAGUCCGUCUUGGACCAGAAGCCUUGUGAAAACGCUGUCCAAUCACUGCAGAGAGUCAUCCAGGUUCAGGCGCAGGCACUUUCCCUGAAGGAACCAUGCAGGAUGAAAACAAGACCUAUGACUGAAGACAUUGAUCUUCCUCUCUCCUGUGUCCUCCCCCUCUCCUCCACCCCCUUGACUCCCGCAGGUGAGUACUGGCACAGUGUGAAGGAUUCCAGCGCCACAGCGGGUCUGUCCUACCUGCAGGCCCAGAGACGACGGCUGAGGCGAGACUCGGACAGCGAGGCUGUCAGCGCCAUCGCCUCGCUGUCAAUGGGAGCCCUCAUGCCUGACAGGAAACAGACAGAAGAACUGACAGAGAACGGUGAUUCUAUCUGAAGAAAGAGUCUCUUGACAGCUGCCUACAACCAAGUCUCAGUGGACAUACACACACACAUACAUACAUACACACACGCACACAGGCACACAGAGAGAGAGAGUUAUGCAUUUGGACCAUCAGUGGAACCAGAUGUCCUCCUCAGUUCAACCACUGUAUUCAUCGCCUCACAAAAAACUCCUCCACCUGCAUUACUACUGGCUGGAGUCUGACAAUUCUGGUUCAAACACACACACACACACACACACACACACACACACACACACACACUCAGAGCAACAACGACCUUGACUCCUGGACAACAUUCAUAUUCCCGUGACGGCCCCGCAGGCUCUUCCUGCGGCAGACGUCACACACUGAACUAAGAGGAAAGUGGAAAGGAAGACGCCCUGAGGCAGAAUAAUGAAGGAUGUUCAGUUCUGUAGCAUUUGGAGCAGGUGACACGAACACACAGCUCUGUGACUUUAAACAUUCACCUUGUUAAACCCCCUCCCCCUAAAAAAAGACUCUUGUAACCUUGAAGCCCGUGGCAAAGGUCACGUGGGGCUUACUGAAUCACCCAAUCACCUCGAGCGGAAAGAGUCGUCCCUGCAGGAAGUGCCUGUGACGGAGAGCAGACACAUCUUCUGCACUUAGAAUGCGUCCCAUUAUGAUGAUGUCAUUUUGUCUGCACCUGACAAAGAUCAAAUGAAGGAAAAUAUCCUCUCUAAAUGUUUUGCACUGUACCGUUCUCUAAUGUGAACUGGACAAGAUGGAGGAGACGGACAACGACAGUCCCAUUCGCUCAUAUUUUGAAUUCAUUUGAAUAUUAGUUCAUUUGACCUAUGACACACAUUUUUGUGAAUGUCAGUAUGAGAUUUUUUUUCUUUUAUGUUUACGAAUUCAGUAAUCCAGAGUGAAGCUACAGUGAAGUCUGAGAUACAUAUGUUUCAUAUUGUUUUGUAUGUCCCCAUUUUUUCUUAAAUCUGUUUCCUUUUCUUUGUCGGUCUGUGGGGGCGAGCACAUGCAGCUGGACUCAGAUCGCUGCAGUUAUUAUUAUUGCUCGCAGACAGAUAAAAGCGACAGUUUGGCAGUUUGUAUCGGUGGCAUGAGUCCCCAUGAAGAGCUAAUACCUCGAGUCAAUGGCGUAUCAAUAUCACAGGGAGGAAGUUAUAGCUCUAUAACAGACUUUUAGCCGCGCGUCGCGACGACAGAAACGAUGCCUCAGCGCAGCUCGACCACUCAAACGAUUGUCUCGGUGUGACGACGCAGGUCAUGUCUUCACUGUCAGGAGGUUGAUUCUGACUGAUACAUGGAGUUUAUGACAAUCACACACACACACACAAAGUGCACUUACGUUGCCCUCAGACUCGGAGGGCCUCUGAUCUCUGAUCACGUCAGGUGGACCAGUGUUUCUUCCUGUGGAUGAGCAUUCCUGCUGUAUUUUUGUAAAAUUUCAUUGACACAUUUAUUCCUUUUCGUCACACUGAUGAAGUGAGCGGGCCUUUGUAGCGGCGCCGCUCUGUUUAUGGUCAGUGUUUAGUUUUUUUUUUGCUCCCCGGACCAAACAAGGACAUUGUAGCAGUUGGGAUGGAGCAGUAACACUGAGACAGUUGAAUAGCCACACUGUGCAAUUGGACACAGGUUAAGCGCAACCGAAGUUUAUGAGAACAAUGUGCCGUCGCUGGACUGGCAUGGCUUAAAGAACUUCAAAGUCUUUGAAGAGUUUGUGAAUGUUUCUGUUUCUUUUUCUAUCCAAACAGUUGAACAGCACCAAAAGCACAGGACGGAUAUAUAAACAAAUUCAUUUCUGCAAAAAAAGAAAAAAAAACUUUUAUUUAUGCAUCUAGAUUCUGUCUUUGAAGUGCUUUUUAUAUGUCUAACACAAUUUUGACGGUGCUAUAGGUAAUUUUUUUUAAUACAGUACGUUUGCUCUUUCUCUUUCUUUCUUUAUGUUGCACCGUGUGUGCAACUGAAUACACGUCAGAUCUUCACCAAUCUGAUGAAAAUGUGAGAACGUGCGAGCGCAAGCGACAAAAUGGAUCAGUUUCAGCUCCACAUCGUGUCAUGUCGGGCAGUCCUGUGAAGAACUACCUGACAUAUCUCAUGUCUUAUCUUUUGUCUUAUUUUGAUUUGAUCUUCAAAUUGAAUCCCAUGUGUACGUAGAGACCAAAUUAUUAGCCCGUGUGCCUUGAAGUAUCAAGUUGACCAACCCCUGAGAAGGGGACUUCUCAAAACUCGAUCUUAAUUACAACUGCAGGUCAAGUCCAGUUUUAUCAGAAUUUUUUCUGUACAGUGUACAUAAUGACUUUAUUUAGUUUUUUUUGUCUGACUUAUGUCUUUUCUACUAUUUUUGUUUGCAAAAAAAGUCCUUAAUAAAGGUAAAUUGUAUAGAUUUGAA